AUGGUUACUUCUUUUGUCCACCUUGAACCAAGAAUUUUAACUGAUAAGUCUUCAGGUUCAGAUUCUGGAUCAAAAUCACAAUCUUCUUCAAGUUCAAAAUCAUCAAAAUGUACAGAUAAACAACGAUGUGAAACUGGUACAAACAUCACAGGUCUUACUGUUGGUUUAUCUAUUGGUAUCCCAGUCUUUGUCUUUGCAAUAAUUAUUGGAUUCUUCGUGUGGAGAUCUUAUAAAAAGGGUAAAAAAGAAUCUGAAACUGAUAAUGAUCCUGAUUUCUAUGGUGAAACUACAAUGUUACCAGACUAUCCAAAUAGAUUUAAUCGUGGUAAUAAUAAUGGAUUUGAUGAAGAUGAUGGUGUUUCCUUUUACUCAAACCCUUUUGCCAAUGAUAGUGCUCGUUAUCCUUCAAAAGUUUUAAAUCAUCCAGAUAUGUUGAAUCAAAACCAAAAUAGAGCUCCAUCUGUUAGCACAACUGUUCGCAAUGAUCCAUAUUAUGAAUCUUUCAAAUUGCCUUAUCAACACAAUACUGGUUCCCAUCAUUCAUUAGAUGAAUUUGCCAAAGAAAUGGGGUCGGAAUAUCCUGCGUAUCAUAUCACUUCAAGACCAAAUUCUCCAUAUAGAAGUGCAAACUCAAGUUCAAUCAAUGUUUCCACCAAUAAGAAUGUUAGAAAUUUGACUGAAAAGACUUAUUCAUUAGAAGAUCCAACAACAACUGAUUCUUCUCAAUCUUAUCGUGAAAGUAAAUUCAAUACUGAAAAUGUUUUGGGUGAUUCUCCUUUAGGUAAAAACCGUGAAAGUUCUUCAACUGAUGAUGAUGAUUACAAAGAUUCUUAUGAUAAUUUAGAUCCAAAUUCUGGUGCUGAUAAACGUCAAUCUCAACAUUAUAGACAAAAUAGUGAAUUGUCUUAUAUCGAUGAACCUGAAGUUUUAACAAACUCAUUUGAACAAGAAACAGGUGCUGAAGAAUUACCAGAACCAAAAUCAAAAGAAGUUAGUCCUGUUAAAAAAGUCACAGUCAGUGCCCCAUUAAAAGAUGCCGAAGAGGAAGAGGAAGAGGAAGAUGAAGAUAUUAAAAGAAUGAAGAGUGUUUAUAGAGUUUAUUUUGAUAGAGAAAAUUCAAUCAAGAAACCAAACUCAAAUGUUCCACAAUCAGAUAUUCCACCAUUACCAAAAGUUGAUACUGAACAAUUACCAGAACCUGAAUUAAAAGUUUAUGAAAAUGAAGAUGAAGCAAACACUUCUCUUUCAAGCCUAGAUCCAAAGCAAAAUUCAAGCAGUAAUUUACUUUCAGUUGCUCCACAACAAAAUGAUGAAAGUGCAUCUGCUGCUAAACAUAGAGCUGUUUCUUCAAUAUAUUCAACCAUCCCAUUAGCACAAUUUGAUGAUCAACCACAACCACCACAACAAGCAUAUUAUCAACAAAAUCCACGUUAUCAUCCCCAACAACAACAGCCACAACAACAUAUUUAUCAACCACCAUAUCCACAAGGACAAUACCAACAGCAUUCACAACCUUCAUCUCCACAACCACAAUUUGCGCCACCACCACAAUUUGCGCCACCACCAUUAGAACCAUUACAAUCAUUACCAACACCAAACAAAAUGGAUUAUAACUCUAUUGUUACCCAAACUGACUAUGCUCCAAAGAAAUCAUUAACUACAGGUAACAAGAAACCAGAUUUGAGUAUAAAACCUUUCAAUCCAUUACAUUAUUCUGAUCAAAUUUUCACCCCAACUUCACCAAUCUCACCCCCAUCACAACAAUUCCCACAACAACCUCAAGCAUCAUUCAAUAGUUCUAGUGGAGAUAGAAACAUUACACCACCUUCACCUCAUCAUAUUAGACAAAGUAUUGUUAUGAUGAACCCUGUGGAGAUUGGUAAACAAAGAAUCUAUAGACCUGCAGGUUCAUUCUCACAGAUGAAUAGUGCAAAUAGUUCAAGAAAUGCAAGUUUAACUAGUCAAUCUGCAUAUACAAGUCAGGAUGUUUAUCAGGCUCCAAGUUCUGCUGAAUUACCAAGAUCUGGUUCCCAAGCUGAUUUAAGAAAACAGUUAGGUGCUAGUGAUAAUUACAAUUUUGUUUGA